UCGGAUAAAUAAAUGUAUUUUAUAAAUUUAUAUUUGAUCAAACUACAAGUUGAAUAGAGUAAUGGAAAAAAAUAAGCAGCAUCAAAAAAGAUGGAUAAUGAUAGAAUAGAAAAGAAGAUAAGAGGAGUAAAGAAAAAAUGGUAUUUUCGGAAUAAUAAUAAAAGGCAAGUUUGAAAGAAAUGGUAAAAAAAGCAAUGGUAUUGUAAAAUUUGGAUACAUAUUGUAGAUGGAGAUAAUAAUUGAAAUUUCUAGAGUGACGGUGGCGUGGAAGUAGUCAUAAUCACAAAACCUAGGGUCACUUGAGCCAAUAAAGUAUAACUAUGAUGUCACGUGACUGGGAAGACCAAUGGGAAAAUAGUACUGGAGCGACGUCCAUUCAUCUGAGGGACAGUCGGGCAUUUUCUGACAAGCGUAGAAAAACUUCUCGUCAACAGCGGCCGCCAUUUUACGUUAGCCGAUACUCGCGCGGUGCGGAACUCCAUCGGCAGAUAGCUUUUUGUGGAAAUUAGUGUGGCGCCUGUCUUAAAGAGAAGGCGCUAUAAAGUGAUUACGCUAACGUAGUAUCACCUUAAUAAAUAGUUGAGUGUCUACGAAUACGGAGACUGAUUUCGUCCGCGUCGAUUUCGCGCGCCCAUUAGCCACCAAGAGUGAGAGGUGCAGAAGAACCCCCGGAGGUGGAGAUAGUUAAGAUGGUGCCAGCGGCCCUUGAGUGUGUUAUCGUCGCUACUAACUACUAGCGGCGUGCUCCCAGCCAGUGUGACACAGUGUGAUCGGUGUGUGUAGUGUCUUGGUGUCGUAAAAAGUAUUAUUCGCGCGUUUCCUAGUCUUUAGACAGUGGAUUAUUCCUGUGGAAGGGCUGCUGCGUUGAAGCAUCGUAACCCGCCGCCGCGAUCCUCGCGGCGUCACGAGCGCCCCAGUGGUUGCCUGUUGUACAUCGUGAUAAAUCGUAUGUACGAUCUUAUACGCGCCCUAAUCGUCAAACGUCGUUCUCUCGGACUUGCUCCUGGUCCUUGUAUAUCUGUUCAACCACUGUACUGUAUGGUGUACAUCAGCUGGUGGUGGUGCUGUUUUAACAUUUUAAUAGCUGCUCCAAACGCAGCAUCAACAUCAGCAUAAACAGCUAGUCGUCAUUAAGUUUGGCCCGCCGAGUUUUUCUCGGAGUUGCGGGCACUCCGUCCUAUUUUCUUCAAUUCCCCGAGGAUGCCCGAUGGCUGAUGUCGCGGCAAAUCAUGAACGAGGACGCUUUACGCGCCGUGCUCGCUCUCAUCAUUGUUAUUGUAGUGAACGGAAUUAUGUUAGUUCCGCGGUGAAAAAGACCUGCCACCACGUACUUGGCUACGUCGUUUCAUCACCGCAAUUCUCGUCGUCAUUUGUGCAUAUUUCAUCGAAUAAAUUUGAGUGUUUAAAAUCAUUGUCAGUGCGGCGGCUCAGGGUGUAGCCGCCACCGCACACCACGUCGUGGAGUCCAAUAUCAUAUUUUGGUCGUCGUCGUCGUCGUCAUCAUCACCGUCAUCGUUCCCUUUGAAACUCAGGGACUGCCGCGGACUGGUGCCGUGACACCCGACCAUCAGUGUUAGCCAACAUCGGAGACUGUGGCUUCUGAAGAAAUGGCCGACCACCUAGUGGAUGGACCGCCGAGCAAGCGGCCAAAGCUCGGAGAUGGUUUUCAGGGUCCAUCUGAUUCCUCAGUGAGUAUGACGUCUCUAAUGAUGCCCCAUACUUAUUCGAACUACGGGGGAGUUGGCAGUGGUAACUUACAACAAAUGCAGGGCCAGGCGCAACAACUACAUCUGCAACAGCAUCAGAUGCAACAACAUUGGAACAACAAUACCACUCAGAGGAGAAAGUACAUAACAAAUACAGACAUGUUUGAUCUCGAAAAUGACCUCCCCGACGAUUUACUAUCAUCGGGGUCCUGGGGUUCCGCAACAGAGAGCGCUAAACCACCGGCAACAGGUCCAGGACCCGGACAACAGAAUGGUGCGCUCGAUACGGAACUUCGUCAACAUGUACAACAACAGCAGCAGCAGCAACAGCAACAGCAGCAGCAACAACAACAACAGCAACAGCUCUCUCAUCAUCUCAUUCAGCAGCAGAGCAACAAAAAUCUUGUACCGAAUGCUUUGGUCAUGACUGCUGGAACAUUAAGUAGUAAAAGUCCAAAUAUGCAAUCACCGCCAAAUGUAUCAGUCUCUAAAGGUGUAGUCGAUCAACAAAUGGUGGUGAAUUUGGGAAAUUUACCAAGUAGUAUAGCAAGCUCAUUAGCUAAUAAUCAGAUGUCUAUUGUGAAUUCUAUGGGAGGUCUUCAGUCGUCUAUGAGUAUGGCUAGUAAUAAUCCUACUAUGUCAAUGCCAAGUGGUAUGAAUGCCGGAUUAGUAAUGACAAGUUCUGCUACGGGAAAUAAUAACAUGGGAGGAAUGGCUGGUGGAAGCUUAAUCGUUGCCAAUAGUUUAAAUAAACAACCGUUAAAUACGGUGACAAUGAUGGGUCCGAAUUCACAAGGAAUUCAUCAUCCGCAAGGUCCUCAUAGCAUACCUCAAAUGCAAAAUGGUCCGGGAAUAAUAAAUGCUAGAGCCGUAGCAAUGCAACAGCAACAGCAGCAGCAACAACAACAACAACAGCAACAACAACAAGCCCACAUGGUUAAUCAAGCACGUGGACAAAGUCCUCAUCAACAAGUCCAUCAAGGAGGAAUAGUAGGCCCGGGUCAAACUGGUCCGAGAAUGCAAGCACCUCCAAAUAUGCAAAAUAUGCCUAAUAUAAGCCAAAUGAAUGCCUCGAAUUAUGGAUAUGGUUCUCCAGGUAGUGGUCCAGGCACUGGAGUUAAUGUUGGAGCUGUAAAUCCUAUUUGUGUAGUUGCCCCAUUACAACGGAACGUUGGUCCAAAUAUGGGAGGGAUGCAAGUCGGACGAUUCGGAGGCUCAGCGGGUCCAAUUGGUGCAGGAAAUGUAGUUGGUGGCCAAGAAGGUGGAAUAGCACCCCAAGCCCAGCCGCCAGCGCCAAGUCCUGCUCAACCUCAAUCGGGAGCACCUGCCGGUAGCCAACCUGGUCCUCAACAAGCUACUCAGGGACAAGUUACUACUGGCAACACUCAAUCCGGUUCCUCAUCUUCUACUCAUGAUCCAGAACACCGAAAACUCAUCCAACAACAACUUGUGCUGUUACUCCAUGCCCACAAGUGUCAAACUCGGGAACGUCGAGCUAAUGGAGAGUCAUGGAAAUGUACAUUACCGCAUUGUAAAACUAUGAAAAAUGUAUUAACCCAUAUGACAACUUGUGAUGACGGAAAAGAGUGUACUGUUCCUCACUGCAGUUCAUCGAGGCAAAUUAUUACACAUUGGAAACAAUGCCAAAAGAGUGAUUGUCCUGUUUGUUUGCCUCUUAAACAAGCAGAUAAAAAUAAACCUGCUGCUAAUGCUCGUGCUGCUACAACCGCUAAUCAAGCAAAUAGUCAACCCAAUCCAAGUCCUUCGGACAUGAGAAGAGCUUACGAUGCUUUGGGAUUACAAUGUCCAACAACAACACCUGGAAUUUUACCGGGACAAAAUAUUAAUAGAGCUGGUGUUCGAAUGCCUGGACCUAAUAUACAAGGCCCUCCAGGUACAAUGACGACAGGUGUAAGAUUAAAUCAACCACAAACUCAAUUAGGAACAGUCCAACCAGGAGUUAAUCCUGGACAACAAGUUGUUGCGCCCAAUGUUUCGCUUCCAUUAAGUUCCGAUUCAGCAGCAGUAGCUGUAACAGGUAAUCAGCCUGUAUCUACAACGGGUCCUACGCCUGUAGUAGCAGCUACAACUGCUACAAAUAUUCAGCAAUCAGUUAAUAUGCAUCAAUUAUUUGGAAUUAAUGAUUCCGGUCAACCUACAAUACUUAAUGAAAAUCGACUAUCAAAUGUACAAUUACCUCCCGGUCUACAGCCUGGUCAAGUUACCGCUUCACCAGUGCAAGGGACAAAAGAAUGGCAUCAAUCUGUAACACCUGAUCUCAGGAAUCAUCUUGUUCAUAAAUUAGUACAAGCGAUAUUUCCGACGCCCGAUCCACAAGCAAUGUUCGAUAAACGGUUGUAUAAUUUAGUUAACUAUGCAAGAAAAGUCGAAGGUGAUAUGUAUGAAAUGGCCAAUUCACGAUCGGAGUAUUAUCAUUUAUUAGCUGAAAAAAUUUAUAAAAUUCAAAAGGAGCUCGAAGAGAAGCGUCAAAAACGUAAAGAACAACAACUAGCUCAACAGCAAUCUCAACCCACUGCAGGCCCUAGUUCGAGAGCUUGUGCACCACCAAGUGUUACAUCUGCCGUUCAACCUUCUAGACCUGUACCUCCUAAUUUAAGGAGUCAUUCACCAAUGGGACAAUUGAGUAAUAUCCCCGUUUUAGGUAUUCAACAUAAUCGUAUGCAAUUUUCACAACAACAAGUCCAACAACAACAGCAACAAGUGCAACAACAGCAAGUUCAACAAGUUCAACAGCAACAACAGGCACAACAAUUGCAACAACAAUCUAACAUGUUAGUGGGACCUCCUGGACCAAGUCCAAAUGGUCAAACAGCAUCAAAUCCAAACAUGGUACCAAAUCCAGGCCUUAUACCUUUUGCACAACAACAAAUGUCACAAGCUAGUUUAACAACGACAACAACAUCAGCUACAACUAGUCAAUUCCCAACGUCCAAUGGUACGACAAGCCUUCCAAAUAGUUCACCAGUUCAAAAUCAACAUCAAUUUCCGGAGUUAAUGAAAGCAAGACUAGUACAACAGGCUCAAGCAGUUCAACAACAACAACAGCAAGUUCAACAGCAACAGGCUCAACAAUUGCAGCAACAAUCUCAACCACAACAAACUGGUGCAAAUGUUCCAAAUAAUAAUAAUACUACGACGAUUCCACAAACUCCAUCACCAUUUAAUAGUUUACAACAAAACAAUCAACAAUUUGCUAAUACGCGACCAUUAUCUGCAUCUACACCUAAUGAUAGCGGAAUUUCUGUGGCUACACCUCAAACAAUACCACCGCCAGCAUCUAGUGGACCCAGUCCUGGACCAGCGCCUACAACUAAUGGUCCUCAAUCUGUAACUUCAACACCCACAACGCCACUUGUUCCAUCAUUAACUACACCUAAUCAAUCAUUAUCAUCAUCAAAUCAAACACCACCUCAUCCAGGUACUACUCCCUCACCAGUUGGUCUCGCAAGUCUUGGUAAAGGUAUGACGUCUCAAGAGAGAGCGGCAUUGAAUGCACCAAGAUGUUCAACAAUGUCUUCUCAAAUGGCUGCCAUUACAGCGGCACUUGAUCGAGAUAAUUCACCCAGUCCACCAACUAAUAAUAAUAAAGGCAAAUUAGAUACUAUUAAAGAGGAAAAUAUUAAAAUGGAAAUAAAACAAGAAGAUUGUUCGGAAAAUCAUAGGAUAGAUGGUGGAAAAAAUCCUAAUAAUGAUAUUGCAAUAAAGACCGAAAUUAAAACUGAACCAAUGGAUGAAACUGCUGAUGGUGCUUUGAAAGACGAAUCAAAUAUUAAAGAGGAGCCUGUAACACCAAUGUCCGGUGUUGAUGGUACUACAUCUGAUAUUAAACCUAUGGUACCUGAACCAAUACAGUCUAGUGGAACAUCUUCAGACAAAAAACGACUUUGUUUAUUUAAGCCUGAUGAAUUGAGACAAGCGUUGAUGCCAACAUUAGAAAAACUUUACCGUCAAGAUCCUGAAUCAAUACCAUUUAGACAACCAGUAGAUCCACCGGCACUUGGAAUCCCUGAUUACUUUGAUAUUGUAAAACAUCCAAUGGAUCUGUCAACAAUAAAAAGAAAACUUGAUACAGGCCAAUACAGUGAUCCAUGGGAAUACGUUGAUGAUGUGUGGAUGAUGUUUGAUAAUGCAUGGCUCUAUAAUCGUAAAACUUCACGAGUUUAUAGAUACUGUACAAAGCUGUCGGAAGUGUUUGAACAAGAAAUUGAUCCUGUAAUGCAAGCUUUGGGCUAUUGUUGUGGCAGAAAAUACACUUUCAAUCCGCAGGUUCUUUGUUGUUAUGGCAAACAACUUUGUACGAUACCUCGGGAUGCUAAAUACUAUUCUUAUAAAAAUAGUAAGAGUUAUCUUGUUUCCGACAGAUACACCUUCUGUCAAAAAUGUUUCAACGACAUUCCUGGUGACACUGUGACGUUGGGAGACGACCCGGCGCAGCAACAGACAAUAAUUAAGAAGGAGCAAUUUCAAGAGAUGAAAAAUGAUCAUUUGGAAUUGGAGCCUUUUGUUGUUUGUACGGAUUGUGAUAGGAAGGUUCACCAAAUUUGUGUUCUCCAUAUGGAAGCAAUUUGGCCAUUAGGAUUUACCUGUGAUAAUUGUCUUAAAAAGAAAGGACAGAAACGAAAAGAGAAUAAAUUUAAUGCAAAACGAUUACCAGUUACAAAGUUAGGAACGUAUAUUGAAACAAGAGUGAAUAACUUUUUGAAAAAGAAAGAAGCUGGUGCAGGUGAAGUUGCUAUUCGAGUUGUGGCAUCAAGUGAUAAAGUCGUUGAAGUUAAGCCUGGUAUGAGAAGUAGGUUUGUCGAAAACGGUGAUAUGCCGGGAGAGUUUCCUUAUCGUGCAAAAGCAUUAUUUGCUUUUGAAGAAGUUGAUGGUACAGACGUUUGCUUUUUCGGUAUGCAUGUGCAAGAAUAUGGAAGUGAAUGCACACCACCGAAUACUAGAAGAGUGUACAUCGCUUACUUGGAUUCAGUACACUUCUUUCGACCUAGGCAAUUUAGAACGGCUGUCUAUCAUGAAAUUCUUCUUGGGUAUUUGGAUUAUGCUAAACAAUUAGGAUAUACAAUGGCUCACAUAUGGGCGUGUCCGCCAUCAGAGGGAGAUGAUUAUAUUUUUCACUGCCAUCCUCAAGAACAAAAAAUUCCAAAGCCUAAACGAUUACAAGAGUGGUAUAAAAAGAUGUUAGAUAAAGGAAUGGUUGAACGAAUCGUACUUGAUUAUAAGGAUAUUUUAAAACAAGCUAUGGAAGAUAAAUUAUCUUCUGCUGCUGAUUUACCGUAUUUUGAAGGUGAUUUUUGGCCCAACGUACUCGAAGAAAGUAUUAAAGAACUUGAUCAAGAAGAAGAGGAAAAACGGAAACAAGCUGAAGCUGCAGAAGCAGCAGCUGCUGCCGCUAAUGCGAUAUUUUCAUUGACGGAUGAUUCGGAGACUGGACCAGACGGAAAGAAAAAAGGUCAAAAGAAAGCAAAAAAAUCAAAUAAAUCAAAGGCGAAUCAACGAAAAAAUAGUAAAAAGUCCAAUACACCCCAAACAGGCAAUGAUCUUUCCGCUAAAAUCUUUGCCACAAUGGAAAAACAUAAAGAAGUCUUUUUUGUAAUUAGAUUGCAUAGUGCUCAAAGUGCAGCUAGUUUAGCACCAAUUCAAGAUCCUGAUCCUGUUAUUAAUUGUGAUCUUAUGGACGGACGUGAUGCUUUCCUUACAAUGGCGAGAGAAAAACAUUAUGAAUUUUCAUCGUUAAGAAGGGCGAAAUUUAGUUCAAUGUCAAUGUUGUAUGAAUUACAUAAUCAAGGCCAAGACAAGUUUGUUUACACGUGUAAUAAUUGUAAGAGUCAUGUGGAGACACGGUAUCACUGUACGAUUUGCGAUGACUUUGAUCUCUGUAUAAGUUGUAAAGAAAAAGAUGGUCAUCCUCAUCCUAUGGAGAAACUUGGAUUGGAUUUGGAUGAUGGUUCAUCACCAGCAGAUGCCAAACAAGCUAAUCCUCAAGAAGCUAGAAAACUUUCAAUUCAAAGAUGUAUACAAUCGUUGGUCCACGCAUGUCAAUGUAGAGAUGCUAAUUGUAGAUUACCAAGCUGUCAAAAGAUGAAGAGAGUAGUUACACAUACCAAAGUUUGCAAACGGAAAACUAAUGGUGGUUGUCCAAUUUGUAAACAGCUUAUUGCAUUGUGUUGUUAUCAUGCAAAACAUUGUCAGGAAACGAAAUGUCUGGUGCCAUUCUGUUCGAAUAUUAAACAUAAAUUAAAACAACAACAAUUGCAGCAAAGACUACAACAAGCACAACUCUUACGAAGAAGAAUGGCAGUAAUGAAUACAAGACCGACAGCUCCUGUAAGUGGUAUGCAAGGUGGACAACAACCGAAUGCUGCUAUGACUGCUGGUGUAGCAAUGAAACCAGGAGCUAGUCCAACUAAUUUACCAUCACCUCAUCAACCGGGUAUAGGUUUAAAACCUGGUACACAAACACCACCAGCACAUGUUCUUCAAGUAGUUAAACAAGUUCAGGAAGAGGCUGCCAGGCAACAAGCACCACAUGUUGGAUAUGGUAAAGUUGCACCAGGUGGAGGCGUUGGAGUUGGUGUUAAUGUUGGUGGACAGAGUAGUGGAGUAAUGCCUCCUCCACAAAUGCAAAGACCCAUGUCAGUUCAAAUGCCAAAUCCCGGUGGGACUCAUCUUAUUUCUAUGGAUCAAUGGACACCGAGAUAUCCACCGAAUGCUGUUAUGCAACAAAAUCCAGGGCUUCGUCAACAAACACCACAACAACUUAUGCAGCAACAACAACAUCAAGGGCAACCUGGAAUGGGUAUGGCUGGUCAAAUACCACGACAACCUAGUGUGAUAAGUGGUAAUCCGGUAGGCCAGGUUGGUCCACAAACUCAAGGUGGUGCUACACCAAUGCAUAAACACGCACUACAACAGCUUAUGCAAACGUUAAGAAGUCCUAGUACGCCAGAACAACAAAGUCAAAUUCUUCAUAUAUUGAAAACUAAUCCACAAUUAAUGGCUGCAUUUAUUAAACAACGACAACAACAAUCUGGUGGUCAACAUACUGGUGGUGUUAAUCCAUUAGGUCCUGCUCAAACUCAACAGCAGCAACAACAAACGAGUCUGCAACAUAUGAUGCCACAACAACAACAACCACAUCAAACACAGCAUCCUCAACAGCAAGUGCAACAACAAACACAGCAAGGUCGAAUGCAAAUUCAAGCAAUGUUGAAUCAACAACAACAGCAACAGCAACAACAGCAGCAGCAGCAGGCUCAGCAACAACAACAGCAACAGCAGCAACAACAGCAGCAGCAACAAGCUGGCCAAGGACAACAUCAGUGGUAUAAACAGCAAGUUUUGGCAAUGCAAAGACAGCAAGCUCAACAACAGCAACAACAACAGCAGCAGCAGCAGCAACAACCUUUCACACAACCACCUGCGCCUCCAUAUGGCCAACAAAGACCUAUGAGGCCGCUUCUUGGUUAUAGUAGUUUUAAUGAACAAGGAUAUGGUCAACCGAGUCUUAAACCAACUCCAUCACCAGUGUCCUCUUCUCAAGGUGUUAUGGGACCACCUGGUAUUUCAGUACAACAGCAGUUAAUGCAGUCUGUACGAUCGCCACCUCCAAUUCGUUCGCCACAACCAAAUCCAUCGCCAAGACCUGUUCCGUCGCCUCGUAAUCAACCAGUACCAUCACCGAGAGCAGGUCCAGUUCCUUCCCCACUUCAUCAUCCGCCUCAUGGUACACCAACACAUUCGCCAGCUCACGAACUUGGAGGUCCUAGUGAAAUGAUGCUUUCACAACUUGGUGCUGGCACUGGUGCACCGACCGGUCAUCCUACGGCAAUGCCACAUCAUCCAUCACCAGCACCCCCACCUACGAACGCUAAUGAAUCAGGUGAUGUGACGCCUAUGACACCACAGGAUCAAUUAUCCAAGUUUGUUGAAGGCUUGUAGUGACUGUUAUCAAUAGGACCGGCUUUAGCCAGUGACUAUCAACGAAUUAAACGUUGACAUUAUAACGGAAAUUCGCGCGUGCUAUAAAAAAACUGUUCUUAGAAAACAAUGUCUAAGAUAAUGAACUAGUGCAUGUGUGAUCCCGAUCGUAAGUUUCGUCGGUAUUUCCCAAUCUUUGUAGAUUUGUAUAAACUAUACCUAGCAACUUAUUUUUAUUAUUAUUAAUAUUAUUAUACUAAUAUUACUCUGUAAUAAUUAUUAAUCUCUUUAAUUAUGAUUUUUAUUAUAUUAUAUUAGUAAUAUUAUUAUUAUUAUUAUUAUUAUUAUUAUUAAUUAAUUAAUUAUUAUUAUUAUUAUUAUUAUUAUUAUAUUAUAUUAUUAAUAUUGUUAUUGUCAUUAAUGUUAUUAGGAAAAGUCACAAUGACUCGCGCAUGAGAUUACUUUCGGGUGCACGUCGUUGCAAAUACAAGUAAGAAGAAUGAAGGAAAAAA